UGAUCCGUGUUCGUCAGUUGUUACCUUGAUGGUUGCGUUGUGUGGCUGUGGUAAGUGAUGGGGAACUUGUGUUAUGGCUCUAUAUUUGUAAUUAUUAUGACGGUUUGUGAUCACGUUAGCGGUGACCGCGCUGAAUAUCAUGUUGAGUGUAGCACACUUAGAAUGGGCCAGUAUCUCUGCCCAGAUCCCGACCCCUCAUACAACUUUAUAGACCCAAAAACUCAACAACCUUAUGGUUGUACCAAGGAAAAUAAAGCAAAAGUGCAGUGCAGAGCAGCUGACGGUAUUAACUGUACAGAAACGAAAAAUUCCACCUUCAAACGGGAGAUCCCUUGUAAAUGGACAAAUGGUUAUUCAUUUGAGACGGCAAUGCUGCUCUCCAUCUUCCUGGGUAUGUUCGGAGCAGACCGCUUCUACCUCGGGUACCCUGCAAUUGGCUUGCUCAAGUUCUGUACAUUGGGCUUCAUGUUCUUGGGACAAUUAGUGGACAUCAUUUUGAUCGCUACACAGGUUGUGGGACCAGCUGAUGGGUCUCACUAUGUGAUCCCAUAUUAUGGUGCAGGUAUAGAAGUGAUCAGAAGCAACAACUGGACUUACAAACUUCCACAGCAGGACUGGUAGCCAGUACAUUGAGAUAACCUUAAAAAAUUGACUAUAUAAAGCAGCACCUCACAGUCCUCAUCUUCUGUCAGAACAUGAUAAGCUUUCUCUACCAAACAUUGAGGCUUCAGAGGGAUUUUCAAAACUAUCAUUCUUACUCAUGUGGGUACAUUUUUAACUUUCUAUUGAAGGAUUUUGAUGAAUUUGAGGUUCUCACAGCAGUGACUAAGAAGAUGACUCUGUCUUCUAGAAUGAAACAUGUAGUCCAACAGAAGUCUGCUGAUGAACCUCAAAUCUCAUAUCAGUUUUAUCUGUCAAAAGGAUACCAUGAAGACUAUGUUAUAUGGGUCUCUUGGCAGUACUUCAGAAAUGCUUUUAUGAAUGGCUGUUGCUCAAUGAGGACAAACUGUAAGCUGCUGUUGGUCUGUUUUGUAUUUGUACCUUACUGAUAUUUUUGUAAAUAUUGUACAAUAAAAGUGUUGUGUGUUAUUUAUGAAUAA